AGCCCACACUGACCUGAUGGCUUAAAGAAACAACACGUAACAAUCCUCAUUAUGGCCUGUUACAGAGUCUGGUGGCUGCAGCGCCUGCGACACACCUGUUAGUUCGUAAAAACAUUAAGAGACGUCACACCCGCCCCACUGCAGCCAUCAGGAGGCCAAAUUGCAAGGUGUCUUCCUCCUCCGGCUUCAUUCAAGGCCCGGCUCCCUGCAGAGAAGAACUAACAGGCGGACUGCUGAGAGGAAGAGCCCUGUCAUCAAGUCAUCAAGCAGCCACAGGGGAGCUGCCAGUAAACCACUGGAUUUACGUGGAAGGACAAGAGCCGUUUGAAACACGAGCUGCAGCUGCAAGAAAUGUUACAAGUGUCAAUACCACAGUGUCAAAAUAAUCAGGUAGAUAGAUGGAUAGAUAGAUAGAUAGAUAGAUAGAUAGAUAGAUAGAUAGAUAGAUAGAUAGAUAGAUAGAUAGAUAGAUAGAUAGAUAGAUAGAUGGAUGGAUGGAUGGAUGGAUAGAUACAUGCUCAUCUGCAGAAUAUCUAUGAAAAACUGCCUUGUAUUAUUCUAUCCAUCCAUAGAGUAUUUUUUAUAUAUAAUAUUAUAUUCAACAUAGGUAAAUGUGUGUGUGUUAACAUGUGUAUACAGGUUGGUUUAUGUGUAAAGAAAUGAAGUGAGACGCAUGUGUCUUUUCAUUGUUGUCCUUAUAAAGCCUUUUGUUAUCUCUGCUUCUGAUAAGUGCUAAAUAAACAUACAGAACUAUAACUUAUCAUUAUUAAAAACUACUUAAAUAACUAGUGAGUGAAAGGGAAUAUAUUUGCCCUGCAAUGCAGUGAAAUAGAAAAUACUUAAGUACAUUAAACUAAAACAGUUUUUGAGUAAAGCUACUCAUUCCACCUCUAAUGACAUGAAACAACAAAUCACAACAACGAUUCUUUCAGAAACUAAAGUAACACUUUGCCCAGUGUUGUUUGUUUUAGUGGAGUGGGGACAUAAGGGAAGAUGGAGAGACACAUGAAAAUGGAGCCAUUUGGCCUCAUGUGUGAAGCCCCACACACCUAUUUAACAGAGCAACAGACACCACCGAGGGCAUUUGGAGCAAAGGACGGCAGAGAGACAGGAACAGACACAGAGCCAAGACAGCAGUGGCUAUUUUCAAGAAGAGGUCUCCAGGACAGCAGAGGACUGAUACCGCUUCAGGCAGCUGAGGUCAAUCUGAAAGAAGACACAACUGAAAUGUCAGUUUGGAGCUGGUGAAGAGGACGAGUUCUAAGUGACAGACGCAGACCAGGAGGAUGCUGAGCGUGGAGAUGUACCCCGGGUUGACUCUGGGACCUCAGAGGAUCGGAGACUGCUUCUACAGAGACCGGGAAGCUCCAGCCCACAUGUCGCUGUUUCCUCCCGCCUGUGACAUGGUCACCAAAGCCCUGCCCCCGAGGCUGCUGGCCCCUCCCUCUGUGAGCGAGCCUGCGACCAAAACCCCAAAAGACGACGUGAGGAUGGAGCUGGAGAACUCGUCUCUAUGGAAGCAGUUCAGCUCCGUGGGCACAGAGAUGAUCAUCACAAAGAAGGGCCGACGGAUGUUUCCCGGCUUGAGGAUGAAGCUGUCGGGCCUGAAUCCAUCCCUACGUUACAUCCUCCUCCUGGACAUCGUCCCACUGGACAACUCCCGCUACCGCUUCCAAGGUGGCGGCUGGCAGGCUAUCGGGGGGGCAGAGGCCAGGCUACCAGACCGGGUGUUCAUUCAUCCGGACUCCCCCGCCACGGGCGCUCACUGGCAGGGCCGCACCAUCUCCUUUCACUACUGCAAGCUCACCAACAACACACUGGACUCACAGGGACAUAUCAUCCUCCACUCGCUGCAUCGCUACCAGCCCAGAGUUCAUGUGAUCGAAGCCAGAGACGUGCUGAGGUGGGGGGGAGGGCAGCACUCCUUCGUUUUCCCCGAGACCCAGUUUCUCACGGUCACAGCCUACCAGAACAACAAGAUCACAGAGCUGAAGAUCAGAGCCAACCCCUUCGCAAAGGGCUUCAGAGAGGACGGCAUGAACAGCAAAAGACAAAGAGAUGCAAGACAGAAGCGCAAAAUAUCCGACUUGACGGAACCUUUGGAUAUCGUCAACUGUGAUCCAUGCAACUCUGACGAGCUUUUGCCGCUGCCCACUUCCUCCACCACCGCUGCAGACCUGCAGGCCCUGGCUCUGGCCUCUCUGCCCCAGCUGACUGACCCCUCCUGUGGGUACAGACCACAGGAGGCGUCCUAUCAGGACACGCUGGUCCCAGAGCAGCCGCUGGACCUCGGCCAGGCGUUUAUGGCCUCCCAGAUGUCUGACAUCGGCAUCUCCAUGGCCAAUGGGAUGCAGGACGCACCGGGGAGGGAUGUGACGAAUAGUAUAAAUGAAAGAUCAGACACUAUGGGUGAACCAGCUUACACCUCCAACUUCGCUCCUGCUCAGGCCAACUCCUCCUCGUUCCCUUCAGCUCCUCUUUCUCACUCCUCCUCCUUCUCCUCCCUCCCCAUCCCCGACCCCUUGGCCUCAUCUGCUCCUCAGCCCUCCAUCCCGCCGUUCGACUAUCCCUCAAUUCUCUCCUCCUCACCCACACUCCACUCCUCCUCCUCCUCCUCCUCCCCCGUCUCCACCACUCCCUCCCUGCAGCAGACCACUUUCACCUUCCCCACUCCACCUCCUUCCAACUCCUCCUCCCCACAGCCCCUCCUCACCUCGUCCUCUCCCUCCGCCAACACCUACCACACCAUCCCAGAGACGAUCGGCCCCCACACACCCACAGACGCCUCCUUCCCCGCCCCAUCUUCUGUGUGUCAGUCUGGCCUGCAGCACCAAAUAUCAACCCAUCCUGUGCUCACCCAGACCAGUCAACCACUGCAGGGUGAAGGUAUCCCCAGUGGAAACAAUUCACCCAGCGAUCAAAGCCCAGCAGCAUUUAUUUAUCCCAAUAUCCUGCCUACAAAUCUUGAUCCAGUUCCAAUUGCUGCUCAGCCUCUCUUCAACUACAACCAACCCCCGGCUCCCACUCUGCCUUGCCCCCUACCCUCCCACGGCGGAGCCACAUCUUUUGCCUUCCCCUCCGUCCCCCAUCACAUGCAAAACCUCUCAUUUUCAAAUGUGUCACCCAGCCAGGCCCACCCCGGCCUGCACCUCCAAAAUCUGAGCUACCAAGCCCCAGCCCCCUGCCUCGCUGCAGCCUUCCCUCCCUCCUCCUUCUCGUAUCCACCAUCCUCCCUCCCUCCUUACCAACCUUCCUCUUCCUUCCAGCAGUCCGCUCCACCUACCUAUCCUCAAAACUUUCCCAAUGCUCAUGCGUCCGCCUGCACAUCCUCGUACCCUUCGGUUGACAUAGGCUCGAUGGCUCAGUUCAACCCCUCUGCCCAGUAUCGCCCAGAGAUGGUACUGCACCACCCGUCUCUUCUCCCUCAGCUGGAUCCAUCUCUUCCCUCCUCCACUCCUCCUCCUGCGCUCUACCCACCCUUUCCGUCCUACCCCAUGCGGCUGUAUCAGGACCCUCACUCAUCCCUCUCCAUCCCUCUCAGGCAUCUGUACAGACAACACCAGCAUGGCCAUGCCCACCCCCAGGGGUCCUACCUGGACAUGGGUGCAAGACCGGUGUUUUGAAACGCAGCAAUGUUUAUGUUGACAAAAUGUUUCGGCCUUAUAGCGCUUUUAGGGGUUUUAGCAAUGUGUAGCA